AUGUCACUGGAUAGCCUAAAUAAAACUUUGACUCAGUUCUAUCUCGACGCUGGGGUUGUUUUUGAUCCGGACGACUGGCUUGAGAGGCACCCUUACCACGAGGCAUCUUUCGAUGAGAAGGAAGAGUGGAUGAACAAGUGA